AUGGGCUACAACAGCAGAAGGCCACAUCAGGUGCCACUCCUGUCAGCCAGGAACAGUCCAUCUCUGCCUGUUACAGUGAGCAUCACUACACCAUUUGGAUAUGAUGAUGAAAGUCCAGCUCUGCCUGUUACAGUGAGCAACACGACACCAUUUGCAUCUGAUACUGAAAGUCCAUCUCUGCCUGUUACAGUGAGCAUCACUACACCAUUUGGAUAUGAUGAUGAAAGUCCAUCUCUGCCUGUUACAGUGAGCAUCACUACACCAUUUGGAUAUGAUACUGAAAGUCCAUUUAUACCAGUUACAGAGAGCGACACAACACCAUUUGCAUCUGAUCCCGAAAGCAGUCCAUCUAUACCUGGUACUGAGAGCAACACGACUCCAUCUGGAUCUUAUACUGUAAGCUUUUACUUGUUGGCUGUGACCUCGCAGACUGUAGGGGGCACCACUGAGACCCUGUGUAUCACAAUCAACCCCUCUGAACCUGUUUCACUGGAAGUGAACCUGGAGUAUAACCAAAAGAGCAUCACUCUUCUGACGGAAAUGUCUAUAAAACAAGAAUACUUCCGUUGCGUCCCAUUCCAGGUUCCUGUUGUAACUGUGGAAUUGGUGGCAUCUAUUAAGAUUCGGAUUAAAGGGCCAAGAACAAUCCAGAACAAGGCAACAAAGAUCCUUAUCAUACCUCCAACACGCCUGACCUUCAUUGAGACAGAUAAACCAAUCUACAAACCAGGACAAACGGUGAAGUUCCGCAUCGUUUCUCUGGACACCAAUUUCCUCACCUACGAUCAGACGUUUCCAACAAUAGAAGUGCAGGACCCGAACUCAAACCGCAUUGGUCAGUGGCUGAGCGUCUCCACACGCAGUGGUCUUGUGGAUCUGUCAUAUCCCAUAAACUCUGAGGCCAUAAAAGGAGUUUAUGUCAUCACAGUCUGGGAUAAGAAAAACAAAAAGCUCUCACAAACCUUCCAAGUCAAGGACUACGUUCUGCCCACAUUUGAAGUUACAGUACUACUUCCUCCAAUCAUAACCAUCCUGGACACAAACACCACGCUUAAAGUGUGUGCAAAAUAUACAUAUGGGAAGCCGGUGAUUGGGACGGUGAAGGCCAAGGUCUGUCAAAACAGUUACAAAAACGGGCGUCCCCUGCACGGGGUCACAACACCACCAGACAUCUGCAAGAAUUAUAGAAUGAGGACUGACAAGACGGGCUGUGGACUACAAAACAUAAAUCUGAGAGAAUAUGCAUUAACUGAUCCACGUUACGAAGCGUCACUCAUAGUUCAGAGUGAAGUGGAAGAAGACGGCACUGGUGUGAUUCUGACUGGUUCAGCCAGUUCCACUAUAACAACUAAUAUGGUCACAAUUUCAUUUGAGGAUUCACCAACAGUGUUUAAGCCCGGAAUUACAUAUGAAGGAAAGAUUAAAGUGACUGGCCCAAAAUCCAAUCCUAUGAGAAGAAAAGUAGUCUAUCUGACUAUAACUAAAACUAAUAAUUUGCAGUCAGUCAGGAAGCUGCUUACAAAUAACAAAGGCAUCGCAAAAUUUUCCCUCAGCACUGAACCCUUGGGCCUAGUUUCUCUUAAGGCCGAGUAUGAAAUGACUAACAGACCAGUUGUUAGCAGAAAUAAUCAGCGCACACCAUACUACCCCACAGCCUACCUCAGUCUUCAGCCUUUCUACUCCAAGAGCCGGAGUUUUAUUAAAUUGAGGAGCUGCUUGAUGCCUUUCAGCUGCAAGAAAAAUGCCGUCAUCAGGGCUCAGUACAUGAUACACCGGAGCGCAAUCAGACCACGCAAAAACACCUUAACCUUCUACUACAUGGUGAUGAAUCGAGGGCGUUUGGUUUACCAAGGACGUAUCAUAGAAGCCAUCCGACCUGGAACAGCCGUGCACAAGGGGAAACUGGUGGUGACUCUUCAGAACUUGAUAAAAUUGUCCCCGGUUGCUCAGGUGGUCUUGUACACAAUCCUUUUCAGUGGUGAGGUCGUGGCAGACAGCAUGAACUACCCUGUUCAUCUGUGUUUGGCUAACAAGGUGUUUCUACAUUUUUCACAUCCUACGGAGCUUCCUGGUGAUCAGGCGUCACUGAAGCUGAGAGCCGCUCCAGGUUCGCUGUGUUCAGUGAAGGCAAUAGAUCAGAGUCUUCUGCUGCUGCAACCAGAGAAGGAGCUCAACAUCCAAUCGGUGUUCAACAUGCUGCCUGUACAGACGUUAGCAGGAUAUCCAUACAAUGUCAAUGAAGAGGAUUCGAACACGUGCAGUCAGAUCCUACCCAUCAAGAAUACCAAAUUUGGAGCGUCAAAAUUGAUUGCUCCUUUUCCAGACUUUGGAAAGGUGGAUGUGUACAACACCUUUAAAGGUAUUGGAAUUAAAGUCCUCACCAAUGCAAUCAUAAAGAAACCUUCAGAUUGUAUUAACAUUUUGCGGCCUGAUGGAGCACCUGGAGCCAAGAAUGUACAGGCGAAAGAAUCCGCUUCAGUUGUCUUGAGUUCAAACCCUCCAGUCAUUACAAUCCGCAAAUAUUUCCCAGAGACAUGGAUUUGGGAUCUCUUUUCAGUCAGUCAGUCUGGAGCGAUACACAUUAAUAGAACGGUUCCGGACUCCAUCACUACAUGGCAGGCUGGCGCAUUUUGUACAUCACCUGUUGGGUUCGGAAUCGCUCAGAAAACCCAGCUCACUGCCUUCCAGCCUUUCUUUGUGAGCCUCACUCUGCCGAGCUCCGUCAUCCGAGGAGAAGUGUUCACGCUCAAAGCCACUGUCUUCAACUACCUUCAAAGCUGUAUAGUGGUGAAGGUGACUCUGGCCAGCUCAAAACAGUUCUCUGUGAAAAAGUGUAACGGCUGCCUCUACACAAAAUGUCUGUGCGCUGAUGAUAGCUGGACCUUCUCUUGGACCAUCACACCACUGGUUCUGGGGGAGGUGAGCAUCAAGGUGACAGCGGAAGCGGUGCCAUCAUCGAUGUGUGGGAAGAGAAGAGUUAUUGUACCGCAGAAAGGACGCAUCGAUUCCAUCAUUAAAAAACUGCCCGUGCUGGCUGAAGGAACCAAACAGUUUAAAAGCUACAAUGAGCUUCUCUGCCCAUCAGAUGUGGUUGAGAAGAGGGUCUCACUAACCCUGCCUAAGAAAGUCGUGGAUGGUUCGGCCAAGGGCUCAGUCUCUGUGCUGGGAGAUCUGAUGGGCAGAGCUCUACAGAACCUGGCGAGUCUCCUGGAGAUGCCGUACGGCUGUGGAGAGCAGAACAUGCUGCGCUUCGCCCCUAACAUCUUCAUCCUGCAGUACCUGGAGAGCACCAAGCAGCUCACGCCCCAAAUCAGGAGCACAGCCCUGACCUACCUCGUGAGCGGAUAUCAGAGAGAACUGAACUACAAACACAAUGAUGGAUCUUACAGUGCUUUUGGGAUGAGCGAUCCAUCAGGCAACACAUGGCUGACGGCGUUCGUGAUGAAGUCUUUCGGAAAUGCGAAACGAUACAUCUUCAUAGAUCAGGCGUUUGUGGACCAGGCGAAGACCUGGCUCGGUAAACGGCAGCAGCGUAACGGAUGCUUUGCCUCAGUGGGACAACUCAUCCACACUGACAUGAAGGGAGGAGUGACUGAUGAGGUGACCCUCUCUGCGUACAUCACAGCUGCAAUGCUGGAACUCAAAUAUACUGUUAAAGAUCCUGUGGUGAAAAACAGUCUUAUUUGCCUGAGGAAUUCACACACUAAGGACAUCUCAACCUACGCCAAGGCUCUCCUCUUCUACACCUUCACUCUAGCUGGGGAUCAGGGGAUGAGGAACAAACUCAUCUCAAAGCUGAAUGCAAAGGCCAUAGUCUCAGGGGGCAAGAGGCACUGGAGCAGAGUGAAUGAUGGGUCUGUGACGGACUCUUUGGAAGUGGAGAUGACAUCGUAUGUGCUUCUGGCUCUGAUGUCUGGACCACAACUGUCCGGGUUCGGUCUGGGUUACAGCAGCAGCAUUGUCCUAUGGCUUUCGCAGCAGCAGAAUGCCUUCGGGGGCUUCGCUUCUACACAGGACACUGUCGUGGCUCUCCAGGCUCUGGCGAAAUACAGUAUCAUCACCUACCGUCCAGCAGGAACUGUUACUGUUACUAUAACAUCACCAUCAGGGGUGAUUAACAAGUUUACCAUCAAUCAGAGUAACAGGCUGCUGUAUCAGGAGAGUCAGCUGCAGCGGGUUCCUGGAGAUUACAAAAUCAAAGCAAAAGGGAAAGGUUGUGUGUAUGUGCAGUUCAAUUUGCACUACAACAUCCCUCCUCCUCCUGACCGCUCUUCAUUCAUCAUCUCGGCCUCAGCGUCUGGAAACUGCAGGGUCCCAAAACCAAUUCUGAAAGUGACCAUUACUGUCAAGUAUAACGGUCGACGCUUGAGGACCAACAUGGUGGUCAUCGAAGUCAAGCCUCUUUCUGGAUUCAGUGUGGACGAGACGUCUGUGCAGCUUGUGAACACUGUGAGACGUGUGGAUAAAAUUCAGGGCAAAGCAAUCAUCUACCUGCAAGGACUGAAGCAUGGAAAGGAAAAGGUGUACACCCUGAAGAUCGUGCAAGACCUUUCAGUGCUGAACCUGAAGCCAGCUGUUGUGAAGGUUUACGACUACUACAAGAUCGGUGAGAGAGCGGCAACCGUGUACACCUCUCCAUGUCCAUUUCAGUGAGAGUUUGUACAUGAUCCCAGCAAGAGCAUUUUUUUUCCUCAUUUUAUUUUUAUGGGAAUUCUCUGGGUAGCUUAGUUCACAACAUACCAAAACCUUUCCAUUUCACAAAUGUUCAAUAGCUAAUUAAUAGUGUGUUUGAUUUAUUCCCCUUUCUUCUUGUCAUUAUGCGUAACUU